GUUUUCUUUAGGGCUCAUGAUCGCACCUGUCGCUUGAGUUACCCCUCACGAGUGCCCCGGGCUAUGCACGGCUGGCCGGGCCACGCCGGCUGCGAGGGGCUUCGUGCGCCCCGCUGUCAUCCAGAAGGUUCCAGACCCAUCAUUUCUGUCCCUCUGAUAACUCUGCCUGCAGUGACAUUUACAGGCUGGGUGGGAGCAAGCGCCGGGAAGCUCAGCGCGGCUGAAGCGACAGCAGAAUCCUUCAGCCAAAUUAUGCUGUCCCUUGCACACAGAUAUUUACUCACUUUUUUAAAAAAUCUAAGAAACUGGAUUCUUCUCCAAAUUUUCUUCACAUGAGGUUGCAGUAAAAAACUUGAUGUCAUUUGAGUAGUUAAACAAUUGAACCCCUGAGGAAAUAUUAGACAGGCCCUAGAGAUAGGAUUACCUGCUGCAGAAAGAAGCAUCACCGCACUACAAUAUAAUGAAGCCAUUACUUGCAACCAUUUCAUGCUGUUGCAGCAAAAUGUGUAUUUCCCUUGAUUUUUAACCAUACAGAUUAAUUGCUGGACCUUCAAAAUACAAAAAGAAGUAUUUUGAAAUGCCUGGUAUUUGGCUGUGGAUUUCAGAGCAUAAUGAAAAAUGGGAAAUACGUCUGACUACUGCAGAGAGAGCUUGCAGAUGAUCCCUUGAAAGCACUAGGAUGCCUGGCUGCUUUAAAAAGACAUUAUUUGCCUUGGCUUCUCUAAUAAGUUUUGUGUCUUUUAUCUUGAUUGUUGUUGCAAUGGGGACCCCAAAGUGGAUGACUGGAAAGAUCCUUUGCAAAACAGGAGCUGAUUUGGUCAAUGCCACAGAUCCAGAGCUGGUCAAGUUCAUUGGAGAAAUUUACUACGGACUCUUUCGGGGUGGCAAAAUACGCCAGUGUGGCUUGGGUGGGCGGCGUUCCAAAUUCACAAUUUUCCCACACAUGGUGAAAAAGUUGAAUACAGGCCUGCAUGUGAUGAUCAUAAUGUUCCUCUGUGUGGCCAUUUUCUUUUCUCUGGUCAGUUUUGGAUUCUGCAUUCUUAACGCAAUAAAAGUUCCUUACCGGGCUAUUAACGGUCCAGCAGGAGCAUGUCUUUGGAACUUCCUUGCAGGUGGAUUUGUAGUACUUGCAGUCACCAGCUUCAUGGCUGCUGUGAAACUCCAUCGCCUCACAGAAAGAAUUGCCAAUUUUCGGGAAAAUGUCUUUCGGUUCGUUAUCUUAGAAGAACGCUUUGAAGACUGUUUUUGGAUUUGUGUGGCAAGUGCCACAGCACAUGCAGUGAAUUUGCUGCUAAUAGCCAUUAGUGGGAUUAAUUUCCCCAAAAUUAAAACUAAAACAGAAGAAGUGAAUGUUACAGCAGAAGAUAUCAUGUACUAACAAAUCUACACGAAACUAUCAAGUCAACUGUUGUGACAGGAACAGUUUCUUGGCUCUUCAGCCUUUGUUUUGGAUAGAUGAUUUAUUUAUAAACCUGAGUAAAUAUGUCGGUCUACAAUACCAGCAACUAACACGUCUGUGAAAAAAAAAAGCUAUAAAUAUCAUUAUUCUCAAAACAGACUGAUAUCUUCAGUGAAUAUAUGCUGUUUCUCAGUUUUUAAAACAUUUGCACUUUGGGGUAUUUUAGCAAACUAAGGUAAAAUAUUUCAUCAAACCAAAUGUCUUCUUUAUUUAGAAAGACAACAUGUUUAUCACAAAUCUUUGAAACUAUAAGGUUAUUUCAAAACAGAAAGAAUGUGUGUUUGGCAUUUACUUUCACAGAAUUAUCUAGAGCAUAUUGAAAGGGACAUAUAUGUUCGAUGAUGUUAUACAGCAUUGAAAAAGAAAACAUCAUCUGUGAGGCUAAUGUUAAGGGGCAGCAAAGGCUAAGUGUGUGUGAAAUGUUUUUAAAACAUUUUAAAACAUUUCUGUUUUUAAAACAGAAAUCCAAUACCACAAGGCAAAGAAGUAAGAAAUGUAAAGUAUAUGGGAUGCUAUUAGUCUAUGAAGAAAAAAUUAUUAGCUGCUUGAUGAAUGUUUCCCUGAAGCUUCAGGAAGUAAAUAGAUUAAGGGUAAUAGUGCUUUUAGAUAACCUGGAAAAUACUAAUCUGACAGAUUCAUUUUCUUCAUAAGUGUGUUAAUUGUUAAGUCUACCUGAGAUCAGUAAAAGUGAUAGAUGGAAAAGUUACUUUCUUAGGAAGUACCAUAAUUUUGACAUGGAUUUGACCAGUUCCUGGGUCCUGAGGAGUGAAUAUUUUUGAGAAAAUAUGGAAUAUACCAUUAAGAAUGGAUACAAUGGCCUCUACCAUCUCUAGGUUUGGCUCUACAAGGUUACUGGGAUUAUGAGUGGAGCAGAAAUUUGUGAGGGUGCCUCUGCACUCAGCCCUACUAACCUGUGUUCUUCAAGACAC